AUGCUGUCUUCCUCCUCGUCUGCUGCGACCACGCCGACGGCCGAGGCGUCUUCUGAAGAUCUCUUGGGCACUGUGGCGGCAGUGGAGUUGCUACCAGACUUCGUCAAACUUAAAGCACUUGCAAUAUCAAUAGCCGAGCAAAUUGAGUCUCAAUUUGAUUGUGGCGACAUUUCACUUGCAAGUGCAUCCAAGUCUGAUUUACGUCUAAUCAACAUUUCAAUUGAUGAUGAGGGGCAUGAGGAAGAUGGAAGAGACUGGACGUCACAAAUGGGUCUAAACCUGAAAUAUUCUGCUAAACUCAAGAAAGAGAAAUCAGAAAAACAAGAAGAAUCUCUUUUGUCAUUUGGGGGACUGUUUUCCUGCUCUUCACCUGUUUCGGUUGUUCCUAAUCUUAAGUGGCUUUGCAAAAGAGCGCGGACACUAUACACAGUUACUGACAUUAUUAGGAAUUCUAGUGCAACAGCAACUGCUGAGGAUCUUAAGCCUGGAAUGAGGACGGAGAUAGUCACUAAUGUAAAUGUUUGUAAGGAUGACAGUAGGCAGCAUACUUUUCGACAAAGUGGCCUUGAGCAACCAGGUGGAUUGCAAGAUUGUGACAAGCCUUCAUGCUCCGAGCAGAAUGACCAUGGAAGACAUUGUCUUGUUAACAUUCCUAUUGCUGUUGCUGUACAUCCUUUGAUGCAUCAAGUUCCUGAGGGUCCAGUUAGUGUUAGCACGUGUCAUGACUCCAUUUGUUCACCAGGUUCCCUGGAUUCACCUCCACUUGCCUCACCUGUUGAAGUAACUAGAUAUCAAGGAUGUAUACAGUCAUCUGAAUUGAGCAGUUUGCCAGCCUUUUCUGUUCAACAUUUCCUUAAUGACGAAAGUACCUCUGUGGAAGGAAGCAUAAACUGUGUAAGCAAUGACUGCUUAGUAUCUCAGGAUGUUACUUUAUGGAGCAGAGAUGAAUGUUUGCAAGUUCAACUAGAUCAAGAGAAGAUGGGGAUUUGCAAUAAUCCCGUCAUGAUGUCAGUUGAUUCACACCUGAUAGAAGGUUUGGCUGUAUCAGAAGGAAAGCGUGGGGACACUGUGUCAGCAUCCCUUGAAAAGGAGGAGUGCUAUGCUAAAACAUCCUACUGUUCUAAUACUGAAAUAAAAACUACUAAAUCUGCGGUAGAUAAUCAAAUGGAGACUCAUGAUCUGGGUACUGGUCCAGUGAAACUAAACUCAAGCUUUGAUGAGAUGCCCAGUGCUGAUGUUCCUGCUUCAACUCAGCCUCCGUCAGUUCCACCUGGUUUGGUGAGUGAUGAGUCGAAGGUUGAUUUCAGCCAUUCUGCUGUCAAGGCCUUUGAGCACCAGAGCCAUAAUCCUGCUAACUUAAAGCAUGAAUCUCCGCAUAUAGAUUCCCACAUCUUAGAGGACGCCCAAGUUGCUUCCAUGGCUGCACUCCCUGGACAUGACGGAAUAUCUGUCGACACUGUUUCAAAUACUUUUGAUAUUUUGCUUGGAGCUCUGGCUGAAGAGUCCAAGGCAACAGAUGCUCCUGGUAAAGAUGAGGUUGGCAAAGCUUCCUUGACACUAAUGACACUGGCUAGCAAUGAGCCUUCUGCAUAUGAUGUUACAGAUGUCAGAGCUGUAGAGGUGGUGGAAACAGACACGAUUUUGGGAGCAGCAAAAGAUGAUAAACAAGUUGGUUUGUCAGAUGUUGUAGCUAGGUGCAUCGGGUUCUCAAAUAGAACAAAUAUCAUAUGCUAUGUCAGACGCAAUCACAAAAGGAAGAGGGAUUCUCUAUCAAAUACUGAUAGUUCACAAAGUCAUUUGAGUUUCGUCCGCUCUCCCUGUGAGAGCUUGAGGUCAAGGACUAAACCUGCGGUAGUAGAAGAGUCGGAAUGGAGCAGGACAGCUGAAGCUUCUUUUGCUAAAAGGUGUAAGAGGACAAAAACAGUGGGAUCAUUUCAGUGUGAUAUUGAUCUGUGUGACUAGGGCUGAACUUAAUGUCCACAAGCAGAUCCAUGUUUUCGCAUUGUCUGGGUUCUCAUCGUGUGCAUGUAAUUCCUGUCUUCGCAUUGUCUGGGUUCUCAUUUAUAUCCUGUCGUACUGUUACAGCAGAUCCAUGUUUUUUUUUAGUUCAACGAGAUGAGUCUUAUAUAUGUCUUAGUGUUCGGCUACGAUUCAGGGCAGAUCUUAUGAGCACUAUCGAGGUGGCUGGACGGUGGAACGAGAUCCUCUGACGUGGGGAGAGGGCACUGCCGCGUGGCCCCCGCGUGCGGCAGGGCCCGUGCAGUGACCCUACUGCCUG